ACUCUCGCGUGUCUUUUACUAUCUUCGUUGCACACAUUCUCUGUGCAAGUUUCUGAUUGAAUAUACGGAAAGAGGAAUUAUUUUUUAUUCAAUUAUGGCUAUUAAAAUUUUAAAUAAUAGUCUCUCCUUCAGAGCGUCACCACUAGUUGGCAGUAUCCGUAUCUAGAAACUAAAGAAAUAAGGUGAAAAUCGUGGACUUGUGGUUAAACGCAUGUAGUCAUAGGCAUUCCUCUCUUUGUGCCCGAAAUAGGCUAGAAAAAUCGAUUGCAGUCCCAGCUCCUGGAUUGCUGAACCUGUUUUGCAGAUACAUGCAACGGGUGGGAUCCUCCUGGGCCAGAGAUGCUUGUAUUUUUUUGCAUUUAGCCCAAUUUUUAGUUUAACCGUGUAGCGACACAGGAACGGUGGUCUUUCCAAAACGAUAGAAAUACAGAAGGUGGUGAUGCUCUAAUGCCGAGGCUGUUUAUUUCAUACAGCAAACAAGCGUUCUGAGUAUGUUGAUGUGUCGGAUAGCGUUGUUGGUGUGAUAUAGGUGAAGCCUGUUCGAGAUAGUGUUACUGAAGCAUUGCAGCUAUGGAAAACUGUCUAUGACCCCAAUGCACCUCCAAGUUAGUCCCAGUUUUCAGAUGCUGCUUUGAAACUUUAUAAUUUAAAAUAGGUUCUGAAUAUGCGUAGCUGUUUAGAAGUCGCGGUGGGUAAUCAUGGGAAAGAAGGUCUUCCUAUGGAUCUGUCAAUACUAUAAUAGUUAAAGGAGAGGCAUCUGAGAUUACCAACAGCUGAUAGUUGCACUGCAAAUGUGGGGGGAAUCUGCAGUUGCUACAUCUGGAAGCAGUGGUUCAGCCUCCCCAUCUCGUUGUUUUGAAGUAGAUGCCACCGCUUCCAUAUCUGAUCGGAGAAAUAAUAUGCGGGGCCUACCUACCUCAAUUUCAGAUACAUGUGGAAGGAACAGGUCUAUGUCUAAUGGACGAGCAGUUCCUCCUCGAAAGCGAACACCAAUUUCCAGCGAUAAAAAGCCCAAUCCUGAUUUUUUCCGGAAGCUGCAAGAUGCGAGAGAUUCAAUCGAAUGGCAAACAUUUGUUGAUUGUCCACGUCACUCACCUCAGGAGGAGAGCUUGACAGCUGAAGCUGCAAGCAGCGGGCAUCUGGUUUAUCACGGAAAUUGUGUGGAGACUGCACAACGAUGUGAUACUCCGUCCCGUGCAUGUGGUGCGAGUGAUUCAUUCACUCUUGAGGAGGGUAAUGGAGUGGAUCUAAAUUAUGAUCAGGAAGGGGACGGGGAAUUAAAAAAACCAGCAGCGAACGGGGCAAUUUCAAGUAAUAGUUAUCAAGAUCCCCAUUCUGCAGUGCAUCGGGACACAUCGGAUAAUCCUGAGAGCUGGGGACACCCACAAGUAAUUAAGCAUCAGAGUUGUGAGUAUGAAUCACCAUGGGUUGAUGGCUCUUUAAGGAACGACGGUGACAGGACAAUCAUGGACAUGAGAACUAUUCACCGCCACCUUCAUAGCUUGGAACGUCAACAGCUUUCUAUGAUGGAGAUGCUGCAGGAUUUUAUGGUGUGUGCACACGACAGCAUGCAUGAUCUAGAAGGGCGGGUAGCAGGGCUGGAGCAGAUCUUGGAGGAUGUAUCUCAAAAUUUUGGUACUACAGAUGGGAGUUCCCCAGCUUCUGAAUCACCCAGAUGUCAAGGUGGUCAUCCACUCAGCCAAUACCUUUCCGGUGGUGGCUUUAUUAACUUCAAGAAUGAAAAAGAUGACGAGGAUACUUCAGUGCUUGGCAGUGCGCGGAGUCAGGAUUCCUUGGUGGAGAAGACAGAGCAUUCAGAUGAAUUAACUUCGUCUUCUAGUCACCAAAUACCAUCAGCAGCAGAAACUUUGAGGCGGCCCAAUUUCCUGGAUUGUAGUCCUCUGCAUGGGGGCAAUGGAAAUGAUGGAGGGAUGGGGAAGGGACCGAGAAGGGCAGGUGUUCUCCCUCGAGAGGAAGAUCCAUCUACCGGAGCCGUUUGGCAUGCAUCCAAAGCUAAAAUCACAGCGGGCGUUUGUGGUUCUGCUUUACAAAGGAAGUCCGUUCAAAAGCAUGCUAGUCGGGAUUUCAAUGUUGAUAAGAAGCCAAACAGAGCUGCGGGCGCUCCAUUUUGGAUAUUGUGGAGUCGAGCAAUGGAUAGUGUUCGGGGGGGCGAUCUAGAUUUGGCUUACUCAGAGAUCCUAGGUAGCAGUGAUGAGCUUUUAUUAGUGCGGUUGAUGGGCUGCACUGGCCCUGUCUUGGACCAACUCAAUGCUGCUACUGUGUUUCAGCUUGUGGGCUGUAUCAAACGAUUUCUUGAUCAGCAGAGCUUUUUGAAUUGUAUAAUUCCUUGGCUUCAGCAGGUGUCAGAUAUAGUCUCCAGUAAUGGUCCCAAUUCUCUUGGACUGACAAGAAAUGCGAAGAAGGAUCUUGUUUUCAGUCUGCAGGAGGCCACGAGUUCGGAAUACGCCCAGAGGUGGAUGAGGGCCAAAAUUGCCCAACUUGCCCAACAUCUGAGGAAUGCCUGGUCAUCAAGUUGGAGCAUUGACAUUGUGGAUAACUGAUAGAAGAUCCUGUCCUGUCACACCAUCAGCCACUGCUCUUUGAAAUAUGAAAGCACCAUCCAAACCACAUGAAAAACUCAUGUCUCCUUCGUAGCGAGAAAUCGGUUAUGUAAUGUCCAUGUAGUCCAUUCCACACUACAUGGAUUUGGUGUGCAUGCCAAGGCUCAAACAACGGACGACCUACCAGAGAUUGAAAAUGUAAAGCUGAUCUCAGUACAGACAGUUGGAAGCUGGAUGUUUCCAGGGGUCAUGAGUGGCAGUGUUUUUUUCACUCACACGCGUUAGUGUCUCCGUGGAAUACGUCUCACUGUCCAACGCGAAAAGUACAGGUUAAUAUCGUUACUCCAAACAACACCCCAGUAGUGAAAUUUCAUGUAUUAUUCUGAACAUCCGAAUCUAAGCAUCGAUUCAAAUUAGCCUUCCCUGAGGGUACAAUCGUUGCCAUACUGGAUCAGACGCACCAUUCCCGGCACUGGCCACUACGCACCAGAUUAACAAUGUAAUUUGAAUCAGUGAUGGAGCCAGCGAAAGUAGGAGAAAUGUCAACUAGGAAAAAUCAGAGCCCCGAGACAGCUCAUUCACUGACGCUGGACGGAUGUG